AGAGGGAGGGAGGCAGAGCCAAGAGAGAAACAAAAAACGUGACUAGGCACCCAAAGCCUCCUGUUAUGCAACAACUGACCUACUAACAUACAUUAGAGACUCGGCAGCGAAAAGGAGAGAGCGAAAGGACGAAAUAAAGAGAGGAAAAUAAAGAGAGAGAGGGUGGGAGGAAUCGAAGCGAUCAUGACGGGAGGAGCGCACCAAAAUAAGCCACUGUAGUCUCACAUCUAUCGCCGCUAACAGAGCAGAGAGCUGUUGUUUUGAAAGCGUGAGCGAGUUUGAGAGGUACGCGGAACACUGGUUCGGUCUGAUGGGAAAGGCGGAUUGCUGGACAAGCGAACUGUGUGCGCCCCUGUGUGGAUUCUUUGAUUUUACGCGUUUUAAAGCCUUUCAUCUUGGUAUCAGCUGCAGAGAGAACAGAGUGAGGGAGGGAAGCUGAGACCAAGACUCCCGAAGAGACAAAUAUGCUGAGGUAGACAGAACGACCUACAUCCUGCAGCCCGUGUGAAGAUCUAGGACACUUUGUCUUCAGCUCAGCAAACUGUGUUGUUCAACUGAUAACCUUUAACAACCAAGACUGGAGACUAGAGAUCUAAUCCACCUCUUGUUUUUUUGGGCACUGAAAAGAGAACCCUGAAAGUGGAUAAAUGAGGGUUGCCAAUGUUAAACUUCACUUGCUCUUCAUCUUUUUAAGUUAUUUGAACACUUGAGUCCCAAAACAAUAAACAGGCUGCCUACUUGAGGAGGAAAGGUGUUUUCAUUACAGCCUCAUUGUUUCAAAGUGGCUUCGAGUUGCAAGAAUGGAAAAUCUAAGCCCAACUCUGAAAACAUUGAAUAAACCCUCAGGAAACGAUCUCAACAGCAAUGAGACCUUCAAUGAUUAUGAAGAGACUCUUCAAGGGACACCAGCUCGCUUGGGGCGUCUUAUAAAACCCAAGCCCAGUGUUACCUGUAGAAGGAAGCGCCAGUUUAUUUCUGAUGAGAAAAAGGACGCUUCCUACUGGGAGAAAAGGCGCAAGAAUAAUGAGGCUGCCAAGCGCUCUCGGGAGAAGCGCCGUCUGAAUGACAUGGUUUUGGAAAAUCGUGUUAUUGCACUGAAUGAUGAGAACGUGAGGCUCAAGACUGAGCUACUCCAGCUAAAGUUGCGCUUUGGUCUCAUAAGCACAGCGUCAUACAUCGAAAAGAGCCAACAGAUUGGUGUGAGCAAUGAUACAGGAAAUGGAGGCUCUUCUUCGUCUUCCUCUUCUACCCAGUACUACUCCAGUGGUUACUCAAGUGGUUCUCAGGUGAUGAUAAACUCUGAUUCCUCAGAAACAGAGCAGUCAGGACGCAGUGAUGGCCACAGGCAGCUGGUGAAGUACUCUCCACGGGGCUCCCUCUCCGACAUGUCCGAUGGCUCCUCAAGGGACAGCCCUGAGCCGAUACCAUUUGAUAUCAAACAGGAGGGCGACAGAUUGGAGAUGGACAUUACAAGUGGCACCACAACCCAGAUUAUGUUCAACAUUCACAGGGGUCCGGUUUCUGUGUCUACACACCACCAGAUUAAACAGCAUCAGGAAAUAGAAACUGCAUAUCACCACCCCCAUCUCCUUCAGCAGCAAUCACAACCCAAUCAGGAGACAGUUGCUUCUAUCAAAACCGUCAGCCAGACUAUCCCUCACCCACCUGCUGCCCAAAGAAGUGUCAUCCUGUAUGGCGCCAGCAGUGUCUCCUACCCAGUAGACAUUGUCACCAAACCCCAGGAUUUUGAUCUGCAGGUAGCCUUAAAGCACAACAGCAGCCAACUGCAACAUACUAUCACAGAGACCUCCACAGAGACUCUGGCUGAGGUAACAAAGCAGCUGGAGAGAAAGACAUUGGACUCCCCUCAAUAUGAGUUGUCAGACAGCUUUAAUGAGGCUAAAGAGAGAGAGGUGUACAGAGUCUGCCAAAUUACCCAGCAGCAGCUAGAGGAGCAACAACAAGGUUAUUCACCCUCAGAUCUCCUCAGUGAACAGGUUGAGAUCAGCCAGACCCAGUUGUACCACCAUCUUCAACAACCUCCUCAUUCCUACCUCAGUGCACAAGAUGAGGAGCCACCAGUGCUUAGCUACGAAGGUGGACCCAGAGCUGACAGUUAUCUUCAAAGUCAAUUAACGUCAUUAAGCGAUGGCGAACCCUGCAGCUCUGAUAAAGAGGCGUCAACAGAUGAUGAUGAAUCCCUAUCUUUGUCCUGCUCAGACAUGAGCAGCAUCCACAACCAACAUCUUUCUGGGAUCCUCCAAUCUGGUUCCCCUCUUCCCCAGUACCCAGGCUGCUCCCAGAUGCAGGGUUGGGAUCCCCAAGGGGAGGUUAGGGGAACAGCACUGCCCCACAAACUCAGACUCAAACACCGGGCCAUGAGCACCGGAAGCAGUGGUGGCAACUGCUCUGGACAGGAUUCCCCAACCACUCCUCCCUCUGCUACCCCACCUCCCCUCCCUCAGCACCCCUACCUUUCCCUCUCACCAUUGCAGAACAUUAAGCGAGAAAACCCAAGUGGUGCUUGCAAACUGGAAGCAACAAGAGAGGGGACAAAGAAGGAGAGUGCCAAAAAGGAAAGUAGUGGGCGACGGAACAAGUGGCGAGAUUAGGAGGCAAUUGCUUUAGAACGUAAGAAUGCAAGUUCUCUAAGACUACUCUGCCAUCAUGCCUUUGCCCUACUAUGAAAUGCCCUUCUGAAUCCCCUGGGACAUGAUUCUGGGCUUUCCUAUCCCCCAACCACCAGAUUCAAGAAAAAAUGACAUAUUGCAGUGCUGUGUAUCAUAUUUGUAUAUGUUGUACACAUUUGUCACUUCUUACAUCCUCUCCACACUUACUGAAGCAUGUUUGUUUAUGGGAUGAGGAGAAAUGGAACUCCCUGUUUUCUCAUUCAACAGUAUCCAGCAGAAUACACCGGCAAAAGCACAUUUUUGAUAGUAUACAAAAAGGAAUGUAAAAGAAAAAAAAAUCUACUUACAACAAAUUUGAUACAUAUCCAGCUGUAGAUAAACAUACACAUGUAUGGGUCUCUGCCUUAAUUACAAUCAAAUGCAAAUGUAUACCUGGGAUAUCCACUCGACCAAAGAAGCACCAACACUACAACUGUUAGUUUUCAUACCUCGUCCCAGACCUCUUCUCUGCCAGCCCCACACCCUCCCUCUUAAUCAUUUGCUUUAUUUUAGAAGAAAUCACAUUACAGUUAUUUUUGAAGCACUUGUUUUGUACAUAAAUGUGAUAUAAAUGAAUAUACGUAUCUAUUUUAAGCAUCUAUUUUAGAAAAAAAAAUGAAUACACAUCCAAUAAAAAUGCAGCAGAAGUGAUAAAUCUGAAAGUGACCAUCCUCUGACAAAUCACAACAAUACAGAAGGGGUGUUACAAGAUUUUGUGGCACGAGAUCUUGCAAUAGCACUAUCCAUUUGCUGACAUCACAUAGCUUUCUCUGGUGAUGGUUGUAAUCUAUUACUAGGAGCCUCACACAUAAAGGUGUGUACUUUCACUUUGAGAGUCCUCAUGUUUGAGACUAUACUAGAUGUUGAGUAUAAAAAAGAAAACAAUUACAGUGACAUGCUAGAUACGAAAUUUUUCUUAGCAAUCCAGCGACAACAUUGGUAUCUGCUUGUGCUUCUACCUGUUGACCGUAACCCAAAGAGUUGUUCAACAGUUUUUGUAAGAAGUUUGGACUGCAAACUUCUAGUUAUGGCAAUUAAAGCUAAUGAAGGCCUUAAACUGAAAUUAGACGACUCUAAAUUGAAUAUAACCACCAAUGAGGCUAAAUGUAGCCUCUGCUGUGGUGCUUCCUAUCAAGGCCCUGAUCAUAGUUGAACUGGAUAUUCCCACAUCAACUAGCAAGUAUUUAAAACACAUUUGAAGAUUUAUUUCACAUUUAUUCUAUUUUGAAAACCCUAAAAGAGAGACACUGAAUGUGUGGUUAAUUCAAACCUGGACCAAUUUAUUCUAUAUUGAUUACAGACUCAUAAAUUUAAAAAGCUGAUGUAAUUUGUGAAAUUUUUACUCACAAAUGGGGAAAUCUCAGUUUUUUCCUUAAAUUAUCUAAAAUCAUGUCUAGCCAAGUUCUUGUUAACCUAAUAUUGUGGACCGUCUUGUCUCAAGACAUGGAUGUACCGCUCGUCUAAUGAGCUGUAUCAUUACACCCUACUGCACAGCCAUGCUGUUUAUAGUUGCUACAGGACACACUCAGAUUAAACAGCUUUCUUCUGAUUUUCAAGCUUUGGCAUUAAUUAUUAGUAAAUUACUUGUUUACGCAGAAAUGGCUGUCCACUUUGGAGAGCCAGCAGCACUGAAAGGGGAAAGGUUUCUCCCUGAGGCGAUGGUCUCAAUAAAAUGUUAGGAUUAAUAAACCUUUAACCAGCCUUUAAGUAUUUGGUGGAAAUCACCAGCUGCAGGCUGUAAGCCUUUAGUUUCUUAGAGCUUUAUCAACUGUAUCUUGUUGUUACCAUUCACUGGCCCAAUGUAUUUAUUUCCCUGCCCUUCUACAUACCAUUCACUGUAAAAAAAUAAAACACAGAAACAUAGACGUAGAAUGUGUACAGUCCGUUUCAGAUACAUAUCACAACCUAAAAGUAGAACGUUUCAUGCUGGCAAAGGAGCAGAAGCAAGAAGAGUUUAGACACAUUCAUGUAAAAACACUGCAGUGCAGUGAGACUUAACUUAAGCCCUGAAUAUCUUCUGUUUACUUUUUAUGUCAUGGAAUAUGGCUCUGUAGUGUGACCAGAUAUGACCAUCAAGGCCCAUGACACACAUUGAACAAAAAUAAGGUUGUAGCUGAGUAACUCAAUUCUAAAGCCAAACUCGGCUUACGAUAAAACCGGACUAAAUGUCUAAUUUUAAUCUUUAAUUAAAAGUAGAGAGAGCUCUCCCUUGUUUCCCGACUGCCUCCAUAAUGCAUUUCAGGGGGUUGUAAAUCCCCUUUCUCAUGGUAGUUCUUCAACUGGAUUGUGACAAAUUGCCUUCACUGGAUUCUAGUUUAAAUGUCUGUGUACCAUGUUUGGCUUUUUGGUGCUUGUGUAUAAAUGUAAAAUUUCACAAACACUGUAAUGUUUGUUUCAUUGGUUUUGUAUUCUCUUUUUAGUCCAGGUGACGUUUGGUUAUCCUCUAUGCCGUGUCUUUGCUCCUACUGACUGUGAUGACAUGUAUUUGCCUCAUUCCUCUUUGUCCCCCACUUUUUCAGUGUGUAUUAAACAGUAAUGUUUGUGCUUUUCCUGAUGGUUUUUAUGGAAUGGCAUGGACAAAACAAGGCUACAUUGGUGUGGUGUUUUGAGAUGGGUGGUGGUUGGUCUGGCUGGUCAUUACCAUGUAAAGACACUAAUGUUCAUCGUUGAAAGAUGGGAGCAUUUCAAGAAAAAUAAAAAACUAAUGUUGCCCUUUUGACAUAUCAAUGAA